CUGGAUUCUCUCCUUCCCAUUCCAAGCGAAGAGACACAACAUGGCGGAUUAGGAACGGUGGCCGACGCGCUCGGAUACAGAGAAAAACAGGGAGAUCGUGAGAGUACUGCGCAUCGAGCAAACCAAGAGAGAAAGCUCCGCGGUCGGGAACGGACGCGGCACGUUGCAUAUUUUGGAGGGCAUCUCGGCUGCUUGAAAAGUGGUGUGGCGAAAGGUUGUGAUCUGCUGCCCGUCUCUAAAUUGGCUGUCUCUGCCGGAUCAUUCCAAUCGCCCCAGACCCCCCUCCCCAACCCACCCCGCACACUCGAUUCCUGGGGUGUGGAGAGUGGAGACAGGGGUUGGGGACGAGUGAGAGAGAAAAAUAAGCACGCUAUUGUUAAUAAAGGGAUUAUUGAAGACGGCACCCCGUGAACCUGGAGCCGUGGGGGACAAGGAGCUCACAGUGCGGAUGAGUGACUGAUGUCAACGUCGCCUCACAAGGGCAGCAUGGGUCUGUGUCCCCGGCUCCUGUUACUCAGUGUGGCCCUUGGGGCCCUCUGCUCAGCCCAGGACCCCGCUGCCCCUAUCGAUGACCCUAACCCUGCCCCUACCAACAAUUCCACCACCACCCUGCCCCCUACUGCCCUCAGCGUCUCCCAGGCAACAACCCCCACCGUGGUGGCCGCCCCAACAACCGCCCCGACGGCGGCCCCUAACAACAGCGACGCAGGGGCGGCCCCCUCCCCAGCGCCGACUGAUAAACCCCUCCCCCCGGCAACCAGCGCCCCGCCCCCGGCAGCCACCGCCGCUACCGCCGCCGAUACCAAAGAGAGGGGCGAGGAUGUCAUCACGCACACGUCGGCUCCGGCCCCGCCCCCUGUGGUGACCUCACUUAGGUCCCUCCCACCCGAGCCCUGGUACCCCACUACCCCCACAACCCUCGACCCAAAACGGUCCACCCCCGUCCCGGACGUGUCCACCCCGGACCCGUUCACGUCGGGCACCGGCGCGCCUGAAGGUGAUGACACAGGUGAUGGUGAUGACACAGACGACACGCCUGUCAUCGCUGUGAUGGUGGCGCUGUCCUCCCUGCUGGUUAUUGUGUUCAUCAUCAUUGUGCUGUACAUGCUGAGGUUUAAGAAGUACAAACAGGCCGGCAGCCACUCCAACUCAUUCAGACUGUCCAAUGGCCGAGCCGACGACACAGAGCUCCAGAGCGUGCCGCUAUUGGCUCGCUCCCCCAGCACCAACAGGAAGUACCCGCCCCUUCCUGUGGACAAGCUGGAGGAGGAGAUGAACCGCCGCAUGGCUGACGACAACAAGCUCUUCCGGGAGGAGUUCAACGCUCUCCCUGUCUGCCCUAUUCAGGCGUCAUGUGACGCAGCAUCGAAGGAGGAGAACAAGGAGAAGAACAGAUACGUCAACAUCCUUCCCUACGACCACUCCAGGGUCCACCUCACUUCACUGGAUGGAGUCCCGGACUCUGACUUCAUCAACGCCUCCUACAUCAACGGAUACCAGGAAAAGAACAAGUUCAUUGCAGCCCAAGGACCGAAGGAGGAGACGGUGAACGACUUCUGGAGGAUGAUCUGGGAGCAGAACACGGCCACCAUCGUCAUGGUGACCAAUCUGAAGGAGAGGAAAGAGUCCAAGUGCGCUCAGUACUGGCCGGACCAAGGCUGCUGGACCUACGGAAACAUCCGGGUCUCGGUGGAGGACGUGACGGUUCUGGUGGACUACACCGUCCGCAAGUUCUGCAUCCAGCAGGUGGGGGACGUUUCGGGAAAGAAGCCCCAGCGCCUGGUCACCCAGUUCCACUUCACCAGCUGGCCCGACUUCGGGGUCCCCUUCACCCCCAUCGGCAUGCUGAAGUUCCUCAAGAAGGUGAAGAACUACAACCCCCAGUACGCCGGGGCCAUCGUGGUCCACUGCAGUGCGGGGGUGGGCCGGACCGGGACCUUCAUCGUGAUUGACGCCAUGUUGGACAUGAUGUCAUCCGAGAGGAAGGUGGACGUCUUCGGCUUCGUCACCCGAAUCCGAGCCCAGCGCUGUCAGAUGGUGCAGACAGAUAUGCAGUAUGUGUUCAUCUUCCAGGCCAUGCUGGAGCAUUACCUGUAUGGGGACACAGAGCUGGAGGUGACAUCACUGGAGUCUCACAUGGCCAAGCUGUACUCCCCCUCCCCAGGGGCGGGCUGUGGGGGGCUGGAGGCGGAGUUUAAGAAGCUCACCUCCAUCAAGAUCCAGAACGACAAGAUGAGGACCGGAAACCUGCCAGCCAACAUGAAGAAGAACCGCGUUCUACAAAUCAUUCCCUACGAGUUUAACAGGGUGAUCAUCCCGGUCAAGAGGGGGGAGGAGAACACGGAUUACGUGAACGCCUCCUUCAUAGACGGCUACCGGCAGAAGGACUCGUACAUGGCCAGCCAGGGCCCCCUGCAGCACACCAUCGAGGACUUCUGGAGGAUGAUCUGGGAGUGGAGGAGCUGCUCCAUCGUCAUGCUGACAGAGCUGGAGGAGAGGGGGCAGGAGAAGUGUGCUCAGUACUGGCCCAUUGAUGGUGCUAUGGUGUGUGGGGACAUAUCCAUUGAGCUGAAGAGGGAGGAGGAGAGUGAGAGUUACACAGUCAGAGACCUCCUCGUCACCAACAACAGGGAGAACAAGUCUCGCGCCGUGCGGCAGUUCCACUUCCACGGCUGGCCCGAGGUGGGCAUCCCGACCGACGGCAAGGGCAUGAUCAACAUCAUCGCCGCCGUGCAGAAGCAGCAGCAGCAAUCUGGCAACCACCCCAUCACCGUACACUGCAGCGCGGGGGCGGGGCGCACCGGAACCUUCUGUGCCCUGAGCACGGUGCUGGAGCGGGUGAAGGCCGAGGGCAUCCUGGACGUGUUCCAGACCGUCAAGAGCCUGCGACUGCAGAGGCCGCACAUGGUGCAGACACUGGAGCAGUACGAGUUCUGCUACAAAGUGGUCCAGGAGUACAUCGAUGCCUUUUCCGACUAUGCCAACUUCAAGUAAGGGAACCGACGGCCAGACUGACGGACGGACGGACGGACGGACAGACGCACACCAACAUCCAUCUCGGCACGGCUCGGCGGAGGGGGGGGGGUGUGGGGGCGGACACACACACCCCCCGGAAGAACGGAUGGAGAUAAAGGGAAGGACGGGUAUAGAACGGAGAGAUGGGACGGACAGGCGUCUGCAGAGGAGAAUAUCAAAGAUGCCUUCUUGAAAAUUUUGUAAAAUUGAUCUUGUUAAUACAGCCCCGCCCUCACUUUUUCCCAGUGUAAAUAUAUUGCCCCUGUUGGAGUUAUUUUUUAUUUUUUAUUUUUUUUUAGUUGCAGUUUGUUCUGUAAGGCUGCAGUUUAGGUGGUCAUGUACUAUGUAGCUUUUUGUUGGUAUAUAUAUAAAUAUAUAAAUAUAAAUAUAUUAUAUUUUAGAGGCUAAUGAGAAUAUGGAGUAAGGGGAAGGGUGUAGGGGCUUUUCAUUGUGGUGUUAUUGUUUUUUUGUUUUUUUUUUGAGUGACCGAGACUUAAAUGAUUGACAGCUAAAUCUGGUUCAUGCUUGUAUCCAAAUAGCUGGUAGAUGAGACUCAAAUGUAAGUAACACAGAACGGGCCAAUCAUGAUCACGAAUCAUUUGACGGACACUGUCCUGUCAGCCGACCCCCACCCCACCCCACCCCACCCCACAUCACGUCAUAGCCAGUCACAACUCCUCCUUACCAAUAAGCAAGUCACUUUUUAGCCAAUCACGAUGACUUCUCACGAUAGGGGAGUCACUCAUUAGCUAAUCACGACUCCUCUGACCAAAGUGCAGGAAGUCAUGUGGGUGCGGCUGGUAAAGAUUUGCCAAAUGAAGUUACGCCGACGGCACGGCAAGCCGCUAUCACGCCGGUAACCUGUGGGGGGGGUUGUUUUUAGCAUUAGCAUAGCAUUAGCAUAGCCAGUCGCCCGUGGGUUAAAACUUGCGGAAAAUGGCGAGCUUUGCGAGAAAAUAAACACAAAAAAACAAACAAAAAGAGAACAGGAAGCACAGCGAAUUCCCUCGCUCACGAGCGCCACGCACUCAGGGAAACCGAAUCUCCGGACCGCCGGUGACCCACGAACCGCCGCGGCGUCACGGAGACCAAUCGCACGCCUCUGCGUCCCGCCGCACGCCAGGGGGGUCCGGUCAGCCGUCACAGAACCCCGUGCCAAAUUUAAAUUCAGUAUGCCCCGCCCAUUAUCCACUCUCAGAGAGAGCAGCCUUACCUGUACAGCUGUGUCUUACCUGUAGAGCUGGACGACGCAUCGCUGUCCUCCGCAGCUAACAGAGAAAGAGCGCGGCUUUCGCUGGCUGACCUGCAGAGGGCGUGGCCUCCCGCCCAGAGACUGCGCGGAGGGAGAGAUGGAGGGAGUGUGUGAGAGGACGGGAUGAAGGAGCUUGCCUCUUUCUUUCGUACACACGGAAAGGUGGGGGUAGCAGAGCGUGCUGACGUCCGGUAGAUUAAAGUAGAUUUGGAUCCUGUGUGUCUGUGUGUCGGUGUGUAGUGAGAGGAAGAGAGAGAGAGAGAGAGAGAGAGAGGGAGGGAGGGAGAAAGAGGUGUAGGGACUAGCAGCACUUAAACUGCGCUGCAGUUUGGGUUGGGUGAGCCUCACAUCGAACUGAGUCAACAUCAGCCUGAUUCUGUGCGACGCUUUUUAAAAUUUUUAUUUAGGAAUUCCAUUAGUAAUUUAGCCGGUAUGAGUACUGUUGCUCUAUGGUUUACAAAUGAAGACUGUAGAUUCUGUUGUACGUACAGCGUGCCAGUGGUGUGCUACGCGCUAGCCUUUCGGUUUCCGUUAGCUUUGCCGCUGCGUUGGGGGUGGGCGACGUGUUUGGGAGUAGUUCUGGAGCGGUCGCUCGGCAACCACAUAGUCCAGAGUGCUCCAAGUACAGACUCGACUCAUUCCAAGUACGGGCUUGUGACAUUCGCAAAAAGCACGGGAUAGAGACCAAGCCCAAAUAGGGUAAAGAGGGGUUGGCAGCUUUGGGGUGAUGUGAAUUAAGGAGGAGGUUGAAGGUGGGGGGGUGGGGGUCGUGUUUCCGGCGUGGGAGGGGCGGGUUAAGGAGUCGGCCCUCUUGUUACUUGGUCCCCCUGUGUGGUGUGAUUGAACUGACCUGGUCUUUUGUUUAUGAAGGAGGAGCGGUUCCAGUGUCCCGGUUCUGGUUCUGGUUCUGGUUCUGGUUCUAAGGCCCACGUCUCAGUGUGACCCAGCAGCUGUGUAGCUCGCGCUUUUCUCAGUCUUACUGAACUGUCUUAUUUCAAAGGGGGAGGGGCUUGCCUCGUCUGCUUCCUAGCUGUAUUUCCCAAGUUAUACCUUUCCACUGCUCCGUGUGUGUGUGUGUGUGUGUGUGUGUGUGUGUGUGUGUGUGUGUGAAAAUGCUGAGUACGCUGUGUUCCCAGACACACAAGCUGCCAGAACCCCCCCCCCCCCCCCCAGUCUCUUUUUUUGCCACUGUGCCAACACUGUGCCAACGCCCACAGCAAUGCCAUUCAGGCUCACCGUCUGCAGGCCUGCUCCCCGCCCCAGCGCGAUGCUACACGCUUGUGGAACAGUUUCCCCAGUACACACACACACACACGCACGCACGUGCGCGCACACACACACACACACAGUGCCUCAGUGCCCUCUGAUAGCUUCCUUUAGCAUCUAGGCUGAGCCACAGUACGUCCGGGUCCAUGGCAGAGGCCUGCCGUUCUGCUCUGGUCUCACGUGGGCACACUCACAGCGCAGGGCACGACACACCUCUCAACGAUCCCCCCUCCCCCCAGCACCGCACCCACAGCGCUCCUCCCUUUCACUUUGAGCUCUUUACUCCGGCGUAUGAAUGCCAGCAGCAUUCCGUCUCCUUCCCGGUUCCACCUGGGUUUUAUUUUACUUUUUCAGCUCCACUCCGGAUUCUUGCCAGGCUUUCUCCUGGUUCCGACGCGGUUCCAUUCCGUACCCAUUUUCAUUCCAGCUCAAAUUUUCCAAAUCAAAAUUCCAUUCCAGUUAUACCCCCUCUCCCUGCUUCCCCUGCAGGAGUCUUUGGCUCCCUUCCAUCCCAUUUCAUUCCACCUUUAUCCCACUCGGAAUUGUCCCUCGCUGUAUCCACUUAAGCUGUGAUGUAGUUUCCCCAAAAGGGCGCCCCCUGCCUGUUGGGAGGACCGUUUUCAGAGCAGCAGCUGGUUUGAGUGACAGGUGGAGGACAGGAGAGAAGGAUGAGGAGGAAAGACAGGAUUAGUGAAGGAGAGGUGACAGCUGGGCCUCCUCCCUUCCUGUCUGUACAUACUGUACGGUUAUUUAUAUUUCAUUCCUGUCCGCUGCGUAGCUGCCUUUUAUUUUCCUUUUCUUUAAGAAGAAAAUGUAUAUUAAAAUGUACUGGGACCAUUUUGAAUUGUAUUAGAGAUGUUUUUUUUUUUCGUUUUUUUUAAUUUGGUAUUGUUGUUAUUGUCUUAAGGAAAUCUUAUUUUUUAUUUUGCAUUCGUUUGUUUCUAGUGUUUUUGUUAAUCGAAAUCUGAAUAUAUAUAAUUAUAUAUAUUAAAAAUUAUAUAUAAUUAUAUAAUGCCAAAUGGCCUUUCUAAGCAAGAUACUGUUCAAACCUAAUAAAAAUGCUUGAGAUUUUAUCAUCAGA